AUGUUUAUAUUCCACGCCCGACCCCGGCUCUACCACUUGACUCGGGUAGCGGCGCCGCGCCAGGCACACCGCCAAGCCGGGCGCCUGGCGACCCGGGCGCUUAGCCACCGGCCCCGCGCCGUCGCCACCACCAAACGCAACCGCCAGCGCAGCGUCGCCAUCAUCAGCGGCAUCAUCCUUGUCGGCGGCUACGUCAGCUUCAACCAGUCGUCGUACUAUGCGUUGGACACCGCCCCGCCGCAAGGCCUGGGCGCCGCCGACGGCGCCAACUCUCAGCGCGAGCGUUACUUCCUGACGCUGACGCUGUCAUUAUCACAGCCGCUGCUGAUCUCCCAGCAGCAACAGAAAGAAGGCGUGUUCCUCCUCAACGACGACCAGGUGAGCAAUAAGUUGCGCCAGUUUGAGGAGCUGUACUACGUGCGCCGCGGCAAGGGCGUCACCCGCUACGACGUGUGCCAGUUGGCGCUGAACUCGCCCAUCGAAGACGACCGCGCCGAGGAGAUCGUCCAGGUCCCCAUUUUGCAAGACAACAACAUCAAGACCACCACCGACUGGAUGUUUUUCGGCAUAUUCGACGGCCACGGUGGGUGGACGACGUCGCUGCGGCUUCGCGACCAGCUUAUCGGCUACAUUAUCCACGAGUUGGGCACGAUCUUCAAGCCGGCGCCCGAGGAAAACCUCCGGUUCGUGCCGAAUCUGGCCACCAUCGACCAGGCGAUCAAAAACGGUUUCCUCAAAUUGGACCACGAGAUCGUCAACAAGAACAUCGAGCGGUUGCUCAACGACAACAACAAGGCCAAGGCCGCCGAGCUCUUGAUGCCGGCACUCUCGGGGCUGUGCGCCUUGGUGUCAUUUUAUGACACCAACCUGAGAAUGUUGAAGGUCGCCGUCACCGGCGACUCGCGCGCCAUCGUGGGGCUGUUUCAGGAUAACAAGUGGACAGUGAAGCAGCUUCUGAUCGACCAGACGGGGCUGAACCCCACCGAGGUGGCGCGCAUCAUCUCCGAACACCCCGACGAGCCCAAGGUGAUCCGCAACGGGCGGGUGUUGGGGUCGCUCGAGCCUACCCGUGCUUUUGGCGACUGCCGCUAUAAACUCCCGGCGCUGAUCCAGGAGCGGCUCUACAAGCAGUUCUUCGGCCGCCCCCUCCCGCAACUCCUUAAGCUGCCGCCGUACGUCACCGCCGAGCCCGUGAUCACCACCACCAAGAUAAACCCCGAAAACCACGACUUCUUGGUGAUGGCGCUGGACGGGUUGUACGAGAUGUUGAGCAACGAGGAGAUUGUCGGCUUGGUGGUGAAGUGGAUGGAGAAGGAGAAGAUGGUGAAGCCCCAGACGCUGUUGUGGAGCAUGUUCGGCUCGCUGGAAAACAAGCUCCCCGAGGUUGUCGACGUCACUAACGACAAGCUGCUGAAGAAACCGUUCCGCCGCACCCACAAGCCGCAGCUGUUUUUGCUCGAGGACGCCAACGUGCUGACCCACUUGAUCCGCAACGCCUUGAGCAAUGGCGGCUCCAAGGAGCAGACGCAGAUGCUCAUCCUGAUUCCGGCCCCUUCACUGAGACGGUACCGCGACGACUUGACAGUGACGGUGGUGUUUUUCGGCAACAACGACAAGGAGAACGACGCCGGCCUGCUCGAGUUGAAUCCCUUGGCUACCGCUGGCGGCCCCACCGCCAGUAAACCGCGGUUGUAA